AGUGAGCAGUCACCACUCGUUUCUAUGGCGGAAGGCUGAACACGCAGCCACACAUGCACCGUUACCAUCUCCUAUGACCACUGUAUGUUGGUUGGCAUAGCCAGCUUCACGAUUCAACAAUCAUCCGAUCCUUUGCUUCAUCCAUGGCCACAUCAUCAACAACAACCGCGUCUCUUGCCUUUCCCAAACCUCUUCUACCUUCUUCUUCUCACGCCACAUCUAAUUUGUUCUUCCAACUGCGAACACAAAAGUACCAGAACAACCACAGAAGCAAAUCUGAAAUGAAGGCUCAAGUCCGUAAGGAAGAUGUUGUUAUCGUGGGUGCUGGCAUUGCUGGCCUUGCAACUGCUGUCUCCCUUCACAGGCUUGGAGUUAAGUCCCUCGUUCUUGAGCAGGCUGACUCGCUUCGAACCGGUGGCACUUCCCUCACCCUCUUCAAGAACGGCUGGAGGGUACUCGAUGCUAUUGGAAUCGCUCAUUAUCUCAGACCUCACUUCUUGGAAAUUCAAGGGAUGGUGGUGAAGUCUGAGGAUGGCAGAGAACUACGUUCCUUCACUUUCAAACAAGAGGAUCAAAGCCAAGAGGUGCGAGCUGUGGAAAGGCGAGUACUUUUGGAAACCUUAGCUGCCCAGCUCCCCCAGGAUGUGAUUCAGUUUUCUUCAAAGCUAGCAAGGAUUGAAUCAAAUCCAGACGGGGAAACCUUGUUGGAACUUGCAGAUGGGUCUAAGCUUCUUGCAAAGAUUUUGAUAGGUUGUGAUGGGAUUCGAUCACCAAUAGCAAAGUGGAUGGGGUUUUCUGAGGCAAAUUAUGUUGGUCAUUGUGCUUUCCGUGGACUUGCUUCUUAUUCAGAAGGACAGCCUUAUGGACCAAGAGUAAAUUAUAUCUAUGGUAGAGGGGUGCGUGCAGGAUAUGUUCCUGUUUCUCCAACAAAAGUUUACUGGUUCAUCUGCUUUAACAGUUCAUCCCCAGGUCCAAAAAUAACUAAUCCAACUGUUCUUAAGAAGGAAGCUAAAGAACUAGUCAAGAAUUGGCCUUCGGAGCUUUUGGACAUAGUGGAUGCUACAGCCGACGAGACUGUCAGCAAGACUCCGCUGGUAGAUCGGUGGCUUUGGCCGGCCGUAAGUCCACCUGCUUCUGCUGGUAAAGUGGUGCUGGUCGGAGAUGCUUGGCAUCCGAUGACUCCGAAUCUGGGGCAAGGAGCAUGUUGUGCACUUGAGGAUGCUGUGGUUCUUGCUAAGAAGCUUGCAGGGGCCAUCAAGUCUAAUGAGGACCACUCAUCAGUUGAAGAAGCUUUGAGGUCAUAUGGCAGUGAAAGAUGGCCCCGAGUGUUUCCACUCACUGUUCGUGCAUACUUUGUGGGUUCCAUAUUGCAGUGGGAGAAUCCAUUGGUGUGUUCUGUUAGGAACAACAUUGUCAUACCUAAGUUAGUAAGGCUUGGACCAUUGUUGGAGCAUACAAAUUUUACUCCUGAGAGUCUAUGA